AUGGACAACCCCAACGCCCCCACCGAGUUUACCUUCAACCCGUUUGAUUUUGAGAACGAUCUUGGCCAGAUAACCGCCGGCCAGAACGAAGAGCUGAGCAACUACGGCCUUUCCUCGGGCAUGACCAACGCUACCCGUGAGGAGGCCCUCGACCCCAUUGCUGCCUUCGACCGCAUGCGGACUCACAUCUACGACACCUCCCCUCUGGUUGCGCGUCAGCCCAACCAGAACCCCCCUCCGCGUUAUGGCGACACCCUGGGAUGGACAUACCCCAACCCCGAGAACAUCUGGCGCCACACGACUCGCUUUGACGCCGUCCUUCGUCCCAUUGGCCCCAACGAGCCGCGCAAUGGUAGUCUCUUCGUGUCCCGCCCCGACCCGCAUGGUCCUCACCCCACCAACCUCCGCACUACCGGCAACACCUGGGCUGAGGCCGAGCAGGACCGUUGGCAGGAGGAAAUUGUCGCUCUGAACGGCCGCGACGGACCUUCGGCCCGUCGCCGUGCGAUGGAGCGUAACGACGAGCUGUUUGCUCGUCGCUACGAGUCCCACUUCUCGGCCAUCCAGGCCGGUGAGGCCGCGGUUAUUCGCAGCCUCGAGGACCAGAUUCGUGUCCUCGCCAACCAAGUUUCCACCAUGGGCACGGCUGGGUGGUAUAGUCGCGUCCAGAUCGAGGUUCUUCGCCGCCGCAUGGAGGCGUUCCACAAUAGUGAGCUCGACCGUGCUAACGUCGCUAGAACUGUUGUGCGCCAGCCGUUCCCCGCUAUCCCCAACUCGGCUGGGUUUGGCUGGAUCAGCACGAGAAUUAACCCUCCCGGCCCGGCUCGUCUUGACCCCAACAUGCAGAACAUUUGGGGUUACCCGUAA